CGUCGCCUUCGGCUCUCACGCCAGCACCCCAUCGCACGCGAGCGAUCGAAAGCAUGAGCGAGCACCGUGGAGUUCCUAAACGAAGGAGGCUUCUUUGCGCGGAGGCCGGGGGCGGGGGCCAGGAGUCAGUGGAACCAGCUGCGGUGUUACGAACGGCGGUGGAGACUCGUAAAGUGCCAAUGACGGAGGUGUCCGAGGCGCUGAGGGUUCUGGCGGAAGAUGGCGGCUCCCCGCUGUCUUGCAGAGCCGAGGACGUGGAGGGUAGCUGGGAGCUCGUUUUCAGCACCCAGCUCAAGAGCGGGUACAUGCCGAUCCGUGAGCUUGUCGGCUUCUACCCGUCCCGCGAAGAGGCCUCCAUCGACGCUACGGCUGGGCCGCUGCCAAUCGGGGGCAUGCGCGGCAAGUGCUGGUGGAGGGGGGGCGAGGAGAACGAGUUGGCGUUUAUGCUGGGUGCCGUGAAGCUAGGCCCACUCAAAUUCGGCAAGGACAAGAACGAGGUCAAGACGUACAAGUUCUUCGUAAACGAUGGAAAGGUUCUGGCGGCAAGAAGCAGCGCGGGGGGGUUCGCGCUUCUUUCGCGCGUCCCUGAAGAGGGGUAGCCGAGAAGAGCAGCUUUGGGGGAUUUUCAACGGCGGCGGCUCCAUCGAUACACAGCAGUAUUGCCGGUUCACGAACAGUAUCUUGUGCGGAGACAACGACGGUUCGAUCAUGAGGCACUGGGAACUUGGGGGCGUGGGAGAAGUGACGCUCCAUGGACAACACUAGGGAAUGCAUUCAGCUAUCACGUCCCGUAGUAUAUUUAUUUUUUUGCAAGAACCGAGUCUCUUAUGCCGACAGAUAAACGAGUCCGGGAUUAAUUGGCGAAUGUUUCAGUGUGUUGUCGGGUCUUGGGACGUAGAGUAGUUCGAUUAUUGCACAACCGCCGCGGAGUUCGUAUCGUUUCUUGUUGGCAAGAGUGCCCGCACAAGUGUUGGGUGCAGGUUCCAUUGACGUCCUGCUGUAUGUCGGAGGAGUUUCAGGAUUGACAAAUAGUAAGAGUUUGUCGUUUCGACUGUAAAGCGCGGAGCCAAAAUAGGCAAGUACCUCUCCUCUUUGAAUUUUUCGUUCGUGCCUCAGCAUCGUCGUCGCUGCAACCGUUGCCCAGCUUCGCACGAUUCCCCCGAGGCAUAAGGUUGAGAUCACAGAUGAGCUGCUGCCAUGAAACUGCCCAAU